AUGGCUGCCUGUCCCUUUAAAGCUAGUGAAGUCGACUCUCCACUUUUCCAUGAUCGUAAACUUGAGACGCUUAAGGCCAAAAUAGUACCUCCAAGUAUAACACCAAAUCUAAGGGCAGCAGUGCUUCCACUUAGCAUGAAUUCAAAAAGGCAAAGGGUUGUGGCCUUGGCUCUUCCUAAUUUGCAACUGCAAGGCACAAUUUCCCCAUCUUUGGCCAAUUUGUCCUUUCUCAGUCUUCUCAAUCUCGACAACAAUCAGCUCCAAGAAAGUAUACCAGCAAGUUUAUUUCAACACCGCAGAGUUCAAGUAAUUUCAUUGGCCUUCAAUAAACUCGGUGGUGAAAUGUGGAAAGGGCCAUGGUAUGUACCCGAACUCAGGGUCUUUGAUCUCACCAACAAUAGCCUCACGGGGAUAAUCCCUCCUUCUGUCGGAAAUGCCACAAAAAUGAUGAACUUCAGUUUGUCUGGGAAUAGAGUCAGUGGCAACAUUCCAAAGGAGGUCGGUAAUCUAAGCCAACUUGCAGCCUUGUACUUGUCUGAUAAUCUUUAA